AUGCUGCUACAGGAGCAGGCUGCGACAAUAUAUCAAGCUCACGAUGUCGAGUCUGUCACGUUCUUACAAGCACUUGUCAACGAGCCAUCAAAUUUUCGGCUCGAGUGUGAGAGACUUGCACUAAAUGUCCUCCUCAAGCCGAUUUAUGGUUGUCGAGCCGGGAAAAUUCAAGAUAGCCUUGUCAAAGAACUAUAUGAUAUCUGGGAAAUGAUGUAUCUAUAUUUCCUACCUUGGACAUUUCCUUUUGACAACUUCCCGUCCCUCUUGGCGUUGCCCAAAAUACUACAGCCUUGGGACUGGCUAACACGAAGCCUCCUACGCCAAGAAGAGCUUAUCCACGCGAGGCUUCUCGGAGGAGUCAAGGCUUCGAUGGAGACUGGCGAAGGAUCACCCUGUAUGGCCAAAACUCUUAUCGAAUCGGACAUCUUGGGUCAUGUACUCGGCUUGAAAAUCAACUGCACAGAUGACGGCAAGCUCAACAAACAAGGCGAGGAAAGGAAUCUGACAGAUGUUCUUGCUAUGAUACUCGGGGCGGGUGCCGAUACGAUCAGCUCUACAUUACUUAACUUCUUCAAGGCUAUGGCAUUACACCAUAAUGCUAUGGCAUCAUCGCAAGCAGAGAUAGAUGCUGUGGUUGGUCCUAGCAGGCUUCCCGCGUGGGGGGAUAUGGACGACCUCCCUUACACGAAGGCUCUGAUUAAAGAAGUGCAUCGCUGGGCACCAAUAGCUACAAUCGGUACUUCGAUCUGGAUCAUAAUUAUCAAUAUUAAUACCUUGGACAUACGGGUAAAGGGCAUUCAAAGCUAA